AUGGGCGGGUUUGAAACCCAGAAUCCUUUUGGAGGAUUCAAUGGAGGUCCGGCUCCGUUUGGUGGACGUGGGCAGUUUGGCCGCGGUCCUUUCGGUGGCCAAGGCUUCGAGGGUCAAGGUAUGUUUGGACAGGGCGGACCUUUCAACGGCCAACCCGGUAUGUUUGGCGGACCACAGGGAGGUCAGUUUGGCGGCGGAGGACGGUUCGGGCAAGGUGGUAUGUUCGGCGCUCAAGGCGGCGGUCGAUUCGGCGGACAGGCCGCUAUGGGCCCGGAUCAGUUUGGCGGACAGGCCGGAGGAUUCUUCGGCGGACAGCAGACACAGUUCCCCGGCGCGGUCCCGGGACGCGGUGGUCAGAUAAACGGUGGAGGAGCGUUCGGUGGCAUGCAGCCGGGAUUCGGCGGACAGAACGGAUUCGGCGGACAGAACGGUUUUGGCGCUCAACAGGGCGGAUUUCAGGGGUUAGGCGGUCUUGGCGCUCAAGGUAUGCCAGGACAGAACACUUUCGCAGUCCAGGGUGGUGGUGGCGGUGGCUUUGGCGGUCAAAGUCAGACAACUGGCCAGGCACCAACGGGGUUCGUGACCCCUGGUAACACCCAAGUGGAUGCCCCUAGCAACAACAACAACAACAACCAGGCUGCUACUGGCAGGAACACAGGGUUUAGUGCAUUUUCAACAUUUUCUGGUUAA